AUGGUUCAUGCAAAGAGACCGAGUCUGCUAUUUCUCUCGGAAACCCUAGCACAGCCAAAUUUGUUGGAGUCGCUUCGUACUCGAAUGGGAUUUGCAGGGUGCAUUGCUUAUCCCUGUGAGGAAGAUUCACAAGGAGUGGCCUUAUUUUGGAUGGCAGAUGUUCCGGUUCGUUUGAAGACUUACUCCCCACAUCAUAUUGAUGCAGAGGUGGGUGUUUUGGGGUCGCCUGAGGUCUGGAGAUUUACUGGGAUCUACGGUUAUGCUACCAGAAGUCAGCGGUGGCGAACGUGGGAACUGAUUCGAGCCCUAGCGGUGAAUAGCACAUUACCUUGGUUGGUGGUGGGCGAUUUCAAUGAGGUUGCUUGUCGGGAUGAUAAAUCUGGAGGGAGGCCGCGUGCAGCUGCGCCUAUGCGGCUGUUCAGAACCACUAUGGCAGAGGCGGGGUUGCUGGAUAUGGGAUAUUAUGGGAGUAGAUUUACUUGGUCUAACAGGUAUACCAAGGAGCGAUUGGACAGAGCAUUUCAGUGUGCUCGAUGGAGAGAUUGGUACUCUUGUUCUAGGGCGGUGACUCUGCCUCCAAACGAGUCUGAUCAUAGUCCUAUUUUGGUGGAGGUUAGCGCUGAGCGUUUGCAGAUUCGACGUACACCACGUCAGUUUAGGUUUGAAGAGAUGUGGGCACAACAUCAAGACUGCAAGAACAUUAUUAAUCAAGGUUGGUCUCGGCCUUCGACAGGGAACCCAUUAAACCAAGUGGCCUUGAAAAUUGUAGAGACUGGGAAGCAGCUAAUGACUUGGCAUAGAGGGGUGUUUGAACAUGCAAAGAUUGAGAUGAGGCUGAUUCAGGAGAAAAUGGAUGAAAUAAUGCGGCAGCCUUUUUCUGAAGUUCAGUAUGAGGAGCACCGACAAUUACACACUCGAUAUAGUGAAUUACUUGCACAACAAGAGACUUAUUGGCGGCAACGAUCUCGAGUGUUAUGGUUGAAGGAUGGAGAUAGGAAUUCUGCAUUUUUUCAUAGAAGGGCAUCAAAUAGGAAGUGUAGAAAUCGCAUCAAGGGACUGCAGAAUAAUGAAGGACAAUGGUGUGCUCAACCGGAGACAAUUCAGGCUAUUUUGCUUGAGUAUUAUGAGGAGAUAUAUAAAUCUGCCGGGGUGGAUGAGGAGGCUAUUCAGGAGGUGUUGGCCGGGUUGAAUUGUAGGGUGACAUCGACUAUGAAUGCGCAGUUAUUAUCUUCUUAUUCGGAUGAGGAGAUCAAGAAAGCAUUAUUCCAGAUGCACCCUUCAAAGAGCCCUGGACCGGAUGGUAUGUCACCUUUUUCUUCCAAAAAUAUUGGGAUACAGUAG